CUGGUUUCCAGCUAGGGGGGUGGGGUGCAGGGGCAAACAGGGCUUCGUUUGUCCCGGUUACCCCUUUCCGGCCCGGGGAAGUGGCCGGACCUCGGCGGAGUCCCGGGCGGGCUCAGCGCUAAGCGAGGGCUGGAAGGGCUGGGGCCUGGCCGCCGAGAGGAGUUGGCAUUUCCAUAUUGGGGCUCGGGCCGCCCCUCCUCCAGGACCCUCCCCUCAGCACUGCUCCGGGCGCCGCGGGCGAUCCAGGCCGGCUCUCCAGGCGAGGUACGGAGCUGGGUGGAGUGUGUCUGGCGAGGGCGUGUGAACCGAAAGAAUAAGAGCCAAAGACCUUCCGGAAGAGGAAAUUAGCUAGUAAUUUUUUCCAACCUUUGCUGCCCUUGUCACCUCCCCAGCAUAUUCUAGCACAGGCUCCGGACGCGCAGGCUCAGUGGCCAUGGCUCACCGGCGCAGCCGCUCUGGGGCAUGUGGGAUCCUCCCGGACCGGGGCACGAACCUGUGUCCCCUGCAUCGAAAAGGUGGACAAGUCCUAUUUUCAAGAGAAGAUGACUUUUAACAGUUUUGAAGGAUCUAAAACUUGUGUACCUGCAGACAUCAGUAAGGAUGAAGAAUUUGUAGAAGAGUUUAAUAGAUUAAAAACUUUUGCUAAUUUUCCAAGUAGUAGUCCUGUUUCAGCAUCAACACUAGCACGAGCUGGUUUUCUAUACACUGGUGAAGGAGACACCGUGCGGUGCUUUAGUUGUCAUGCAGCAGUAGAUAGAUGGCAGUAUGGAGACUCAGCAGUUGGAAGACACAGGAAAGUAUCCCCAAAUUGCAGAUUUAUCAAUGGCUUUUAUUUCGAAAGUAAUGCUGCACAGCCUACAAAUCCUGGUGUCCAAAAUGGUCAGUACAAAGCUGAAAACUGUCUGGGAAACAGAAAUCAUUUUGUUUUAGAAAGGCCAUCUGAGACUCAUGCAGACUAUCUUUUGAGAACUGGACAGGUUGUAGAUUUAUCAGACACCAGAUACCCAAGGAACCCUGCCAUGUGUAGUGAAGAAGCUAGAUUAAAGUCAUUUCAAAACUGGCCAGACUAUGCCCACUUAACCCCAAGAGAGUUAGCUAGUGCUGGACUCUACUACACGGGUAUUGAUGAUCAAGUACAAUGCUUUUGUUGUGGCGGGAAACUGAAAAAUUGGGAACCUUGUGAUCGUGCAUGGUCAGAACACAGGCGACACUUUCCUAAUUGCUUCUUUGUAUUGGGCCGGAAUUUUAAUAUUCAAAGUGAAUCUGAUGUCGUGAGUUCUGAUAGGAAUUUCCCAAAUUCAACAAAUCCUCCAAGAAAUCCAGCCAUGGCAGAUUACGAAGCACGGAUCAUUACAUUUGGGACGUGGAUAUACUCAGUUAACAAGGAGCAGCUUGCAAGAGCUGGAUUUUAUGCUUUAGGUGAAGGUGAUAAAGUAAAGUGCUUUCACUGUGGAGGAGGGCUAACUGAUUGGAAGCCCAGUGAAGACCCUUGGGAACAACAUGCUAUGUGGUAUCCAGGGUGUAGAUUUCUGUUAGAAGAGAAGGGACAAGAAUACAUAAACAAUAUUCAUUUAACCCAUUCAAUUGAGGAGUCUCUGACGAGAACUGCUGAAAAAACACCAUCAUUAACUAAAAGAAUUGUUUUCAUUUCAGAUGAUACCAUAUUCCAAAAUCCUAUGGUACAAGAAGCUAUACGAAUGGGAUUCAGUUUCAAGGACAUUAAGAAAAUAAUGGAGGAAAAAAUUCAGACAUCUGGGAGCAACUAUAAAUCACUUGAAGUUCUGGUUGCAGAUCUAGUGAGUGCUCAGAAAGACAAUGCACAAGAUGAAUCAGGUCAGACUUCGUUACAGAAAGAGAUUAGUACUGAAGAGCAGCUAAGGCUACUGCAAGAGGAGAAGCUUUGCAAAAUCUGUAUGGAUAGAAAUAUUGCUGUAGUUUUUAUUCCUUGUGGACAUCUGGUCACUUGUAAACAGUGUGCGGAAGCAGUGGACAAAUGUCCCAUGUGCUACACAGUCAUUACUUUCAAGCAAAAAAUUUUUAUGUCUUAAUCUAACUACAGUAGGCGUGUUAUAUUCUUAUUACCCUGAUUGAAUGUGUGAUGUGAACCAACUUUAAGAAAUCAGCAUUGAAUUCCAUUAGCAUUUGCUACCAAGUAGGGAAAAAAUGUAAACUGUGAUGUUAUAGUUAGCAAUCUAAAAUUUGAAUUUCUGGAUUUUUCAGGAUUUUAGCUGUAUUAUCUGUCCUAUUUUUUCACUGUUAUUUAAUUGAAACCCUAGACUAAGAAGCACCAUAUUAUUAUAACUGAUCACAAUUUGUAUAUGUAGUACACUGACUUAGAUUUCUAAAUGUAAGUGAAUUAAUCAACUGACUUUUUCAUCCUUUUUAGAUAGGCUUAACAAAUGGAGCCUUCUUUGUAAACGUACAGAUUAAUCUCCCCAAUCACAUAAUUUGUUUUGUGUGAAAAAGGAAUGAACUAUUCUACACUGGUAGAAAGAUAGAGAUUAUCUUUAGAUGUUUGUGUUUUAGGAUUUUGUCCACUUUCUUUUAAAAUUAUACACAUGUACUUGGGUGGAUGAUUUUUAAAAAUGAUUUUGCCAUCGUUAAAAGGGUAUUUAAUGAUUGAAUACCAUCUAGCCUACACGUACUGACGUGGAAAGAUGUCAGAGGUAUAUUAAGUUUAAAAUCAAGUGGCAAAACACUGUGGAUAGAAUGAGCCAAGUGAGGUGUGUGUGUUUUAUAUACGUAUAGAACAGAAGAUUUGGAAAGAUAGGCACUAAACUGUUAAAUGUGGUUUCUUUGGGGGGGUAUGGGUCCCAGAGGGGCUUUACAGGGAGGGACCUUUCACUUUCUACUUUUUUUAUUUUGUUCUGUUUGAAUUUUUUAUAAGUCUGUAUUACUUUUGUAAUCAGAAUUUUUAGAAAGUAUUUUACUGAUUUAAAGGCUUAGGCAUGUUCAAACGCCUGCAAAACUACUUACUGCUCAGCUUCAGUUUUUCUAAUCCAAGAAGGCAGGGCAGUUAACCUUUUUGGUGCCAAUGUGAAAUUUAAAUGUUUAUAUGUUUUUCCUGCUUUGUGGAUGAAAAAUAUUUCUGAGUGGUAGUUUUCUGACAGGUAGACCAUGUCUUCUUCUCUUGUUUCAAAAUAAAUAUUCCUGAUUUUGUAAAAUGAAAUAUAAAAUAUGUCUCAGAUCUUCCAAUUAAUUAGUAAGGAUUCAUCCUUAAUCCUUGCUAGUUUAAGCCUGCCUAAGUCACUUUACUAAAAGAUCUUCGUUAACCCAGUAUUUUAAACAUCUGUCAGCUUAUGUAGGUAAGAGUAGAAGCAUGUUUGUACACUGCUCGUAGUUAUAGUGACAGCUUUCCAUGUUGAGAUUCUCAUAUCGUCUUGUAUCUUAAAGUUUCAUGUGAGUUUUUACCUUUAGGAUGAUUAAGAUGUAUAUAGGACAAAAUGUCAAGUCUUUACCUAAGUUUUUUGUUUUCUUGUCUAGUGAUAGUAGUAGAUACUUCUGAAAUAAAUGUUCUCUCAAGAUCCUUAAAAACCUCUUGGAAAUUAUAAAAUAUUGACAAGAAAAGAAGAGUUGUUUGAAUAUUAAAGAAAAAAUAAAACUUGAAUAAGAAUCAGUAUAUAUUAAAAAAAGAAAAUGAAAGUUUAAAAAUGCUUCAUAGAACACCCAGACAAAGAUUCUCACAACAACCUGUUGUAGAGGUGAGUGAGGCAUUUUACUGUAGAGAAAAGUUUGAGAGUGGAACUGUUAAAAGUUAUAUUUUUGUUGUAUUUUCUAAGAGAAAGAGUAUUAUGGUCUCUUAACCUCUGUUGAUUACUACUUUGAUAUUCAUUUAAAGCACUGCAAAUUUAAAUGAGAAUUUUAAAAAUCAAAUAAUGACUGCCCUGUUUUUGUUUUACUAUGUAAAUCCUCAGUUCUUUACCUUUGCACUUUCUUCUACUUAGGUUUAGUUAUAUAUUCAUUAAGUUAAAUUUUACAUGUAUAGUCUAAGCUUUAAAUUUAAACUUAAAUUACAAGGGGAGAAAAGUGUUAAAGUUUUAAAAAUGUGUUUUCCAGGACACAUCAGCUCCAAGUCAGGUAGUUAGUUCAGUCUAGUUGUUGGCCGAGGACUGAACUGUUUUAACAUAAGGCUUUUCCAGUUCUGGAAGCCUCAGUUCAUUAAAACUCUUUUAAAACUUGUAUGUUUAGAGUUAAGCAAGACCUUUUUUCUCCCCAUGAGUUGUGAAAUUUAAUGCAUGAAGCUGAUGUGGCUAACAGGUUUAUUUUAAGAAUUGUUUAGAAGUGCUGUUGCUUCAGGUUGUUAAAUCACUCAACACUCCAACUUCUAAUCAAAUUUUUAAAGACUUACCAAUGUUUGCCUUUGUUUGCACUAUGAAAAGCCCUGGAUCCUUCCCAUCUAAUUGUGCAAAGAAUGAUCACUUGCAAGGUCAAAAAUAUAGCCAGAUCCAAAUCUCUGCCUCCCCCUUCCCAAAAUAGUUCUCACUAUCUACAUGUAGACAUUCUUUUCUAUAUAAAGUUCACUCUAAGAUUUCAAAAGGCACCACCUAUUUUACUACAUUUUAGUCAUGCGAAGAGUCAAGUUGUUUUGUAAUAAAUAAUUAUCUUUGUUCGUAAUAAUCUGGUGUGCUGAUCAAAAGCUUUGUCUUAAUUUUUGAGAAACGGGUUUAGUGUUUAUAAAAUAAAUUCCAGUUUAUUAAUUAGUAGCUUUGUAUUGCCUUUCCUACUAGAUUUUUUGUUUGUUUUUAUUUUUUUUCCCCUUUGGUUUGGGGCUAAGAUGGGGUAGGAUGGGUGUAGUGAAUGUAUAUGAUGUGAUUUGGCCCUGUGUAUUAUGAUCUUUUGUUGUUAUAUUAUUUAAAUGUUGGUAGUUUUUUUCCUGUUUUCAUUUUAAUGGAUAAAAUUGGUAUUUUGAACUCUGAAUGGAGACUACCACCACAGCAUUAGUUCCACAUAUCGUACCCUUUAGAUCAAAAUCAUUGUUUUAUUUCCUGCUCACCCAGUUGUUGAAUAUGGGGAAAAGGGGUGGAGGGGUGGGAGAAGUAGGAUAGAUUGUGUAUCAUUUCCAUUAGAGAAAUAAGAAAACAGGAGGGAAUAUUUGACAAAUAUGGUUAUUUUUAGCCAAAUCUGCUUUAAAAAAGAAAAAAAGAGGUAACCAUUUCUUCAUCUGUGAAAUGAGAAUAGUACGUGUCUUACAAAGUUAUGAGUUCAAGGAGGCCAUAUAUGUAAAAUACCUGUUAUAAAUGUUAAUUCCCUACCUAACACUCUUUUACCUUCCGUGGAUAUGCCUUGACUCUGGAAAUGUGGGCUAAAACUUAGAUGAUAUCUUUCAGUGACUCUUACUCAUUUUUUUUGUUUGUUUGUCAUAGUCAAGAUGCAAAUUACAAUGAAAAAGUAGGUCAAGUCCUUAAAAAUAUUUAAAUUCCUGUUUUAAUAACUUGAAAAAAAUAUUCUCACCAAAUUUAGUUGAGCUUUCCUAAUAGAAACAGUUGGCUUAUUCCCACUUUCAUAAUCAGUUUCAGUUUGACUCUUGUACACUUAGCACAGUGUGAAUUUCAUUUGCAGCAUAAUAGGAUCAUAGGGUGUCAGAGCUAGAAGAGACCUUAGAGAGUAUCUAAAUUCAUCCCUCUUGUUUUACAGAUAAGGGAACUGAGGCUGAAAGGUGAAAUGAUUUGUUCAAAGCUGUAUAGCUAAUUAGUGAUAGCUCAGACUGGGUCAUAGUUUGACGGUGAAAAACUUCAAGCUACCUCUCCAGGGAGGUCUCAAAUGUUUAUUUUUUCUUGUAUACCAUACCAUAACCUUCACUACAUAUUAAAUGAUACUUUAUAACUAAUAUAAUAGGACAAUCUUAAAUACAUAUAGCUUCAAAUUGUACAAUACUACAUUAAUGUUUGGGUGGUAAGAUUCUAUUUUGAAGUCUAAAGUUUGCAGAAAUGCAUAUAGAUUUUUUGGCAUUUAUUACAUUCUUGUGUAUCAUUGAUGUAACAUUUAAAAUUACUAUAUAUUUUGUCAUUCUGUGUAUACUUAGCAACAAAUUUGCAUUUUUUAUUUGAUGUAACAAAGGCUUUAAUGUAAUUUUUGUUAGAAGAGUUUGCAUUUUUUUCAUUACUGUUAUACUUUAUCUAACCUGACAAAAUGACUGAUUCUUAUGUCAUUGUAUUAGUGUUGUGAAUAAUCAUGUGAAAUGUGUGAGAAAGAGUACUAUAUUUGUGAAUAUAAUUUUAUGGCUCUUUUCAUUUAGUAGAAACCUUUCCAUCAGUAUGGAAAACUAAGAAAAUUGCUUUCUACUGUAAAAUCUGGCAGUCAUCAUAGAUUAAAGCUUAUUUUUCUGUGAAUAAAACUUAUUCAAUAAAGCACUAUUCUUUAAAAUGA